AUAACAAUAUUUAUUAGCAACCCAAAAAAGAAUCGGACAUGAAGAAUUAUCAAUAAAUCCAAUAAAUAAAUCGUUCCCUCAACACCAAUCAGCUGAUCGGAUUUAAACAUCGUAAAAACAAACAUGGCGGCAACCUCAAGCCUCCUCCCCGCCUGACCUUCAUAUUUACGACAUUUUUUCCCUGUUCUGUGCCCAAGAUGACCUUGUGCAGCUGUAUAUAAGGUCACGAGGAAUCUGUGCUGCUGUGAGGGUCAAGAAGAGCGACACAGAACACGAGUGCCAUGGAGGGGCAGAGCAUGUGCGAGGGUUCGAGCGAGAGCAGCAGUAGCAGUGUGGGGGGGGCAAGCGAGGAGGGCGGCGCUGCGGGCUGGCUGACCUCAACACCCCAGGCCCCGAGACGACCUCUUCUGCAGCUCAACACAACCUCGCCGCGCCUGCAACUCACACCAUACAAGUACCAUGGCUGUCGUGCAAUACCAGAGGAGAAGGAGGACCAGGAGAACAUUGACCCUUCCCGGAGAGGACCAGUGGAGGUGCUCCUGGCUACCAAGCACAGCAGCAGCCUCCUGUCAACCACCACCACCACCAGCACCACCAACUCCAACACCAAUAGCAACUCCAAUUUAGGCUCGGACUCAUCCCCAUUCGCCUAUCCCCUCAUCUGGGAGUCUAGCCAUGCGUCCGCCACCCCGUCCAGAGGCAGCCCAUGCGACGGACAGCGGAACAACACACACGAUAUCACCAACUGGAAGAGCCCGAGUGACCUGUCCUCGACCCCUUCUGACGGCAAAGGGAGUCGCGUCGGGGGGUCAGGGAAGGUUCGGAACAGGAGUGGGUCGAGUGAGGUCACCAGUAGUUGUAAGGUUGCCUGCCAUCAUGGGCCGUCUGUGACCCCAUCGAAAAGUAGUUUGGCCCAUGCUGUUUCGAAUUCAUCCUCGGUCUUUUUAACGCCUUCGAGCAGCAUGCACAGUUUCCGCCAUGGAGGAGAGAAUCGCAGCGGACAGAGCCAGACCCCAAAGCAGACACAAUCCGUCACUCUAUCAACCACCCAGUGCGUCAACCCGUUCGAGGUCGGAGCGGAGAGCCUCUACCUGUCCGCCGUAAGUCCGUCGCUCUUCCAACGGGUGGUGUCGCCGAGCCAGAACGUUGGCGGUGGAACGUUCCGCUGGUCGAUAGAUCAGAUGGCGGAGCUGUUCCCUGUGAAUAUCGAAACGUCGCCUUUUACGCAGGUCGAGGUCAUCGGCGACCCGGAGUACGAGGACCAGGCGCAGGAGGCUAUUGAUAGGUUCUUUUCCACCCAUCAGUCCGUUGUCCCGAGCCCAUGGCCUGACAGCAACAAGUCCGUCAGUCUGGUGAAGAAGAUGUGUGUUCAGCAGGCCCAGGCUAGUCCAUCAUUACCCCCAGUCCGUUCCCAGUCCGUGUGGUGCCAGACAGAGCUCAGCCUUCCACCAGUCCUGCCGCCUGCCCUUGAAGAAGCCCUCAAGCCAUUCUGCACCUUCACGCAGAGUCAGGGGUGGCAGGGAGGAGGAGGAGGGGGAGGCGGUGAGGCCGAAGAGGCAGCCAACCUCAGCAACACAACACUGCGACGGAAGCUUCUGUUCAGCCACGAGGACGCCACCGCCAACACACCAAAGGCAGCAAGUCCACAGGAGGAGAGUGAACCAUCAACCUCAAGAAGAAAAAGCAGAGAAGGGGGGGAGGAGGAGGAGGAGGAGGAGGGAGGGCUGGUGUGGUGCACUGAUGUGGUGUGCAGCAAGGAGGCGUCUGUCAUGCGGCACCUCACCCCCACACCCCCACGCCUGGCCAGUCCGAUCACCCCCUCAACCACUACGACAACCAGGCACGUUAUUCGGAGAGGUCCGUCCCCGCUUCUACUGUCCGCUGGUGAUGUCGUGUCUACCCCAGUGUCCCCAGAUGUGUCCCCGAUCCACGCCAUCGACUACAACAGUGACUUAGAGGCAGCAAAACGAACGCCACCAUCGGCCGAGACCUUUGGCGGAAGUUACUACGAGCUUCAGCGGACUCACUGCACGUAUUUCUCCCCUUCUGACGCACCCCAGGGCACCGUGCUCCCUCCCUCUUGCUCCCCACACCCCCACAAGGAGAAGAAGAAGAAGGGGGAGGAGGAGGAGGAGAAGAAGAUGAAUGUUACAGAGAGUUUCUGCGUUCAGUAUUCAGUGCAGUUUUCAGGCCCGGAGCAGAAGUCUCGGUCGCCAGUCGCCAGCACUCCGUCGCCUGAUCACAGAAGCUUGUCUAACUCAGGUCACUUUUCGUCUAGUCCGAUCCGAGAUGUCACCGAGAGUUCCCCAGAGGUCGAGUCCCCCACCAGAAGAUUCUCCGCCUCCCCUCCGCUGUCCCCGAUCCUCUGCCGCACCACGCAUAUGCCCUCCACACGCCAGACUUCACUUAUGCUCAGGAAAGAGAGGAAGACCACCGUUGAGGUCACUAUGAUGGAGGAGAGCAGCGAUGUCGGGGCGCCGCUGCAGCCUCUUGGAACUUUCCCCUGCUCCUCCUCCCUCUAUGACGUGGAGAUGGACUCGCAGCCGUCACUCGAGAGUCACCUCGAGGAGACCGGCUCGCAGGACACCGGCUAUCAGACCAUCAGUAGCCUGCUCACCAGUAACUUCAGCUCAACCAACUUCCCUCAACCGUCCCCCUGUGAUCCGCUGGUAGAGUCAUCCGUCUCCACCAAGCACCAUGUCCCUCCUUCCUCUUCUUCCUCUUCUUAUUCUGUCACUCGGAGCAAAGAGUUCAAAUCCUAGCAAUGGUGAGUUUAGGAGGACGAUAGAGUGUUUGUGUGUGUGUGUGUGUGUGUGUGUGUGUGUGUGUGUGACCUUGCUCAUUUAGAAGACAAUAGUUCCCUGCUGCAGUAUUACUAUCCAUUACUAUUACUAUCGGAAGGUCUGAAGAUGUGAAAUGCAAACAGUAAUGGGAAAAAUUGAAAUCCCGACUGGCAGACUCUAUUACUUAACGAUUUUCAUAACUGUUUUUAUUUUGCUGAAACCUCAAGAGAUGUUCUAUCUAUCUAUCUAUCUAUCUAUCUAUAUCUCCAAUACCCUGCCCCCUCGUGAAGUGACUCCAUCUCUCCCUUUUCUGGCACUCUCUCAUUUUCUUUCUCACACUCUAACUAGAAUUUUUUCUCUCUCUUUCUCUCAUUCUUUCUUUCCCUUUCUAACUUGUUCUCUCUCUAAUUCUUUCUUUCUCACACUCACUUUCUCUCUCGCUAACUCUCUUCCUCUCUCUCUCUCUCUUUCUUCCUUUACUAACUCCCUUUCUGCACAUUCAAUCCUGUUACCUCCAACUCUCUCUCUCUCUCUCUCUCUCUCUCUCUCUCUCUCUCUCUCUCUCUCUCUCUCUCUC